AUGGAUCACCCGCGCAAAAGUGCCCACCCGGCCGCGUCGACCAACUGUGUACCAACUCUUCGUUCGAACCCCGUCAUCAAGCGUUCGAGUUCAUCCGCAACAGCUGGGAUGCACGAUCAGACUGGCUCGGUGUCGACCGUUCAGGUGCAGGAGCCAAACAAACAGGCGCUUGCCUACAGUCUCCACAUGAAGAAUGCGCUCACAGAGCUCCUUAAUGACGUCCGAGCCAAAGGAAACGACCAGGGGAGACACUGCCUCCAGAAUAUCCUGAUGGAGAACGAGCGGGAAGUGAGGGAGAAUAGACGAAAAUCAAUCAAUACUCGAGGCGCGAAAUGA